GGGGAUUGGCAAUAUCAGUGGGUUUUUUUUACACUUGUGUGUAGUCAAAUGUCACGAAACAAUCAUUACUAUCACCAUUCUAACAUCAACUACACGACAUGGAAGACCCUUCUGUCAAGUUUCCAAACGAGCCGGAUUUGGUUGAGAUUUUAUGGAGGCAGGAUAUUGAUUUGGGGGUGGAGCGAGAGAUCUUUGAUGGAUGUCUACGGCAGAGGACGGAGGAGGCGAGGAGAGCGAGGGAGAGAGAGCAAGAGAGAGAGCAGGAGAGAGAGCUAGAGAGGAUUGUGCAGAGGUUACAGAAACUCGACAAGGAGACUGGAGAGUUUUUGCCAAGUCCUUCAUCAGUGAACACUCAGGCCAUGCCCUUCUCGGCGACAUUACCUUCUACAUUGUCCACCCAGCAUUCACCCAUUACCCAGAAUCCCCUGCUGUCUGCCCUGCUGUUCUCUAAGUCUCAGAAAGCUUCUUUUGGAGAGCAGGCUGAACUGCCAUCAGUGCCAGAUUUACAGUAUUAUUUGGAUCUCUUGGAGUCUGAACACCCGGAUUCGCCCUUAGAGGAUAUAAUGGAAAUCUGCAACCACAACCUGUCACCUAAGGAGAACUCAGUGUGUGAUCUAAGUGAACUAACACAGACAAUUUCGGACUCUCUUGAGGUUGUUCAGCCUUUGUUAUGCACGCCCUGUAAUCCAGUCCUGGAGGCAUGCAUACCAGCACUCUCAUGUGAUUAUUCACCUAUAAAUACAAAUUUUACCUCCAGUCCAUCUGAGAAUCUUAAUCAAACGAGUUUGACUGAAUGCCAGCUAAACUCAAACCAGUCAACCCUCAGUGAAUUUUGCCCUGAACUUACAACCACAUUCACCGUUAAUACCACAGAGUCAUGUGGUUCACCUGAAUGGAGCACCACACAUGCCGCUGACAGCCCUGUCUUGAUUGGAAGCUUCGACGACUCUACGUCUGCUGGGUCUGUGGAUCUGGACACAUCCUUCUACGCCACAGACACCAUUAGUAGCCAAUCAGAAGAUGAGGAGUUAAAGAGCGUCCAAUCAAAUUAUACCGAUCUGCUGCCUUUAUCGCUGGACCUAGAGGCCGUAGAAGCACUAUACGAAACUGUUACGUGUACAAAACACCAAACGCAAAGUAAAUCAACCAAAAAAGUCACACACACAGAACCUUUACCCAACUUCAAAACUACAAGAGGAAUCCGGCGUGUUUGCAGAGACGAACAGCGGGCACGAGCGUUGGGUUUGCCGCUCACGGUGCGUGACAUCAUCGGCCUGCCCGUGGAAGCAUUUAAUGAAGCCAUCAACUCUAGCAAACUCAGCAACGCUCAACUUACCCUCAUAAGAGACAUUCGAAGGCGCGGCAAAAACAAGAUGGCCGCCCAGAGCUGUCGCAAACGAAAGAUGGAUGGUCUCGUCGAUCUCGAAGAAGAGGUUGAGGCUUUGAAGAUGAAGAAGGAUCAAGGUGAAGAAGAACAAGAGAGGAACAUCAGAGAUCUUCGAGAUACUAAAGAAAAGCUUCGGAAACUCUACGACGAGGUGUUCAGCCAGCUCAGAAAUGAAGACGGAAACCCCUACGACCCCAAAAAAUACAAACUGCAACUUAGCACAGACGGAGCGGUUUACCUACUGCCACGUAACAUAGUUAACAGGAAAAAUACAUUGUCGGAGAACUAACCUGUUGCUGUGUAACCUAAAUCAUUACGAUUUGCAGGGCCCUGGAUGAAAUUGGACUCUCAAGUCCUGAUUCCCAAUGAGUGGGCUAUUCCAUAAAGGAAUCACUACAAGGUUCAGGAUGACAUUCCCAGUUUUUCUCCCAUAAAAGCGGUCUGAUUGUUCAGUAUGUACAGCAAAUCUCACUAACUAAAACAAACACUGUCAGAUGUACACAUAUUUCAAAUACAUACUGGGCGGCUUCCCGGACAGGGUUUAGAUUAAUCCAGGACUAGGCCUUAGACAUUUAAGUAGUUUUUACAAACAAACCUUACAAAAAACAGUACUGGUGUGCAUCUUGAGACAAAAUAAUGGCACUUAUGUAUGAAUAGAUGUGUCAGUGCAAGAGGUUUUUUAAAAUUAAAGGGGACAGAGAAUGAAAAACCCUUUUUACCUUGUCUUUGUUGAAUAAUGGUAGUCUACCCGCAUUCACGAACAUACAAAAAGUGCUAGACAUGCUAAACAUCUCAGUCUCAUAGAAAUUCCUCUUUUAGAAAUGUCAGCCCAAUCUGAAAACUGAUGCUUAUGACAUCACAGGCACCUCACUGCCCCUCCACUUUAAAAUAAUUGGCUACAAUUUUUAAGUGGCAGCAAAGUCAGCCAAUCAGUAAUGAGAUUGCAAGUUAAGCCAGUAGGGGGAGCCAAAUAGGUGCAAAACCACUUGUUUAAAAUCCCCCACCCUAAUAGAGCUAUCUGAGAGAGGUUUUUAGGAAGCUUCUAAGGCAUUACAGAGCCAAACAAAAAAAUUUGUCUACAUGUCACAUCACAGAACAAGGAUAAAUACCCCGAUUCAAUCAUUCUAUGUCACCUUUAAGGCAGCACAAACAUGCAUUUCAGUCUGGGACUAGGAUAAGCCCUGUCUGAAAAACCGCCCCAUACUGUAUAAACUGAACAUUAAUACCAGAUCUCAAUAUGUGUGAAUCUCAAUGUCUAUUUUUUAAUGUCAAUGUCCAUUUUCUUUACAUAAACUGUUUUUGUGUUGGAAAUCCAUUAUUUUUACCAAGGAGUGUAUGUUUUGUGUCUGAAAAAUAAAUUAAUAUUUUAUGCGUAUUUGUUAUAUUCUUA